AUGACCCGAUUCCGUCCCUGCAUCGACCUCCACGCCGGCCAGGUCAAGCAGAUUGUCGGCGGCACGCUGGACAGCGCGUCCGAGGCGCUCCAGACGAACCACGUCUCGCAGCUGCCGGCAGAGCACUUUGCGCAGCUGUACAGGGACAAUGGGCUCGAGGGCGCGCAUGUGAUUAUGCUGGGCGGAGGCAACGACGAGGCCGCCAGACGGGCGCUGCAGGCGUGGCCUGGCCGGCUGCAGGUCGGAGGCGGAAUCAGGGAUACGAAUGCAAAGGAGUGGAUUGAGGCGGGAGCAGAAAAGGUCAUCAUCACAUCUUACCUCUUCCCGGAUGGGCACUUUAGCCAGGAGAGGCUGGAUGCCGUGCUUGCGGCUCUGGACGGGGACAAGGACAAGCUGGUGAUUGAUCUCAGCUGUCGGCGGCAGGGAGACAAGUGGUUCGUCGCCAUGAACAAGUGGCAGACGCUGACAGACAUGGAAAUCAAUCAAGGCAAAGUCAAUAAAGCAGCUGGAGCCAUACUGCUCAGAGAAUUAGUCGAGCGCCUAGCAGAGUGGUGCUCGAUCCCCGUCACAUAUGCCGGCGGCGGUCGGCACCUGGAGGAUCUGGACACGGUCAAGAGGCUGAGCCGGGGCAAAGUCGAUCUCACGAUAGGGAGCGCGCUGGAUUGCUUUGGCGGGGCGGGCGUUAAGUUUGAGGAUUGCGUGCGGUGGAACAGGAGUCAAAGCUGA